AUGGAGGGUCAAAGCAUGUCUAUACUCGGCAAGAUGAUGGCAGUUAUAGGGAUAAGCGUGGUAGCAGGUCUCAUCGUGCACGUGCGAGACCCGUUGGACUCAAUUUUAGGAGGUGGAUACCCGGAGCUGUGGAGGAAAGCGGGACUUGUAGGUGCCCCAGCCCGGGCCGUGGCUUGCAUCUUCGCCGGGGUUUCCCUUCUUGCUAUGGGCUGGCUAUAUAGACUGCUGUUUGCCCCGCUGGAACUGCUCAGAACUCCCGACGAGGUUGGAUACAUUGCCGAAGACGGUCGCUCCCGCGCCCAAGCGGCAAACGAAGUGCGUCGGAGACGAAAAACUGGCGAACUGCCACCCGUUUAUCCCAACGGCUGGUAUCGAGUAUUGGAUUCUCACAUGCUGGAGCGAGGGGAUGUCAAAAACGUAACUGUUUUAGGUGAGCAGGUGGCAGUGUUCCGGGGCACAGAGGGCAAAGCCUACGUGGUGGAUGCCUACUGCCCACACCUGGGGGCCAACCUGGCAGUGGGGGGGCGUGUGGUGGGGCAGAGCAUAGAGUGCCCAUUCCACGGCUGGCAGUUCCGGGGGGAAGACGGAAAGUGUGUGAGGAUCCCCUAUGCAGAGAAAGUGCCAGAGUUUGCUAAGGUGCGCUGCUGGCGCAGUAUGGAGACCAAUGGUCAGGUUCUGGUGUGGUUCCACUGUGACGGAGAGGAACCUGGCUGGACAGUACCAGAGCAGGGGGAGAUCACACGAGGGGAAUGGGUCUACCGGGGCCGCACAGAGCACUUCAUCAACGCACACAUAGAGGAGAUCCCUGAGAAUGCAGCAGAUAUUGCCCACCUGGCCCACUUGCACACACCAGGCAUUGUGAGUGGGGUUGACCUGCGCUACACCAACAGCAAGACCUGGGAGUUUGUGAGGCACGACUGGAAGGUGCAAUGGGAAGCUGAGUCUGAGCCCACUAAACACUGCUCCCAGAUGCUGGUGAAACAUGCCCUGACUGUGUUUGGUCGCCACUGGCCUCUGCUGGACAUGGAUGUAGUGGCUCGACAGGUUGGUCCAGGGGUGGUGUUCCUGCUGUUCGACCACAGUUUCCUGGGUCGGGGUGUGAUCAUGCACUGUGUGACGCCCGUGGAGCCUCUAUUGCAGUGUGUGUCCCACACCAUCUUCUACCAGAGCAACAUCCCCCCACUGGUGCCCAAGUUCAUCCUGAGGGCAGAGUGCAUCCAGUUUGAGCGGGACGUGAUGAUCUGGAACAAUAAGAAGUAUAUCUCUAAGCCCCUGCUGGUGAAGGAGGACUCUGCCAUCCAGAAACACAGGCGGUGGUUCAGUCAGUUUUACAGUGAUAACAGCCCUCGCCUGCGCUACCAGCACAACACGCUGGACUUCUGA